CCGUGGUUACUUCGCGUUUUCAUCCGCUCUGACACUUUUAGUCACGUAGAAUAAAACUAAAUAAUGGCCUUAUAGGUAAUGAAUGUAAGGCCAUAUGAAUCAUGUCGCGACGUUAUUUGCAUAACUGACACUGUGGAAAACUGUCAACAUCGGGUAAAUAGCGAAAAAUAUGACUAUUAAACAUUAAGUGGCCAUUGUUAGCUAAGUUAGCUACAGUAGCAUUGACUUAUCAACUCCUAACUGCUAGUUUCUACAUCUGACUGGUUAGCUACCUACCGAAACAGGAACGAAAAUGUGCUCCAACGACGAUCCUCGCUUUGAAGUUAUGGAGCAGGAGGUGAAGAAUUUAUCAGACGAGUUGAUGCAAUGCCAGGCAGACAAGGAGUUUGUGUGGUCUCUGUGGAAACGGCUGCAAGUGGCAAAUCCAGACUUGACCCAGGCUGUCAGUUUGGUGGUUGAGCGUGAGAAACAUAAAGCUGAGAUUAAGGACAGAAAAGUGUUGGAGAUCCUCCAGUCCAAAGACUACAAGAUACAGGAACUCGAACAGAAAGUGACAGGGCAGCAGCAGGAGAUAAACAGCUUGGUACAAACGAGGAUGACAGUGGAAGAGGAGAGUGCUUUAAUGAGGAAGGAGCUUACAACUCUGCGUGAACAACUGGUCAAUAAAAGUCAGGAACUUAAGGAAAUGAAGACAGAGUACAGUAAAAAGGAGGAAGAGCAGCAGCAGGUGGUAUGGGCUCUUAAAGGGGAGAAAGAGGGAUUAACGUCUACCUGUGCCUCUUUGAGAGCUGACCUGGAGGAGAAACAGAGGCAGGCCAAGUGUCAGCAAGACCACAGGGAUACCGCCCAGGCCAGAUUAAAGGUUCUGGAGGAGGAACUGCACAGUGCUUGUCAGGAUUUGUCUACUUUGCAGAGACACAGCAACAAUCUAGCAGCACAGCUUUCUUCUAAAGAGAGGGAAAUAGCAACAAAAGAGGAGCAACUUGAUCGACUUCGUCAUGAUUUUGCAGAAGUGCAGACUCUGUACAGACAGAGCACAGAGCACGCAGCAGAGCAGAGCCACUUGAUCAAGCAACUGGAGGGACUCAACCUAGACACACAAAGAGUCCUGAGGAACCAAGAAGAGGCUCACACUGCUGACACCACCUCUUAUCAGCAGCUAUACAAGGAACUGAGUCAAUGCUACCAGGGUCUCCUGUCUAGUGAGGCCAAGCUCCGUCAAAGUCACCAGGAACUUGGCAGUCAGUUGAAUCAGAAAGACAAACACAUCUCAGAACUCCAGGCUCUCCUACAGAAACAGCAGGAACAAAUACAGAUUCAACAACAACAGUGGCAGCAACAGGCUCAGCACAUAGCUGUUAACCCUUCACCAAACAGACAAACAAACUUUAUGGCAGUGGUGUCGGAGCAGGCUGACGUUGCAGCUCAGACGUCUAGCCCUUGCUCUGACCAGGCCUCCACUCGAGGGUCAGAUCCCAAGCCAGAGGACAAGAAUUUCCAUCACAGAUCUAAAAGCACUCUCAAAAGACAGCAGAGUACACCUGUGCAGCGGUCCAGGUCUUUGUCCCCAGCCAGCAGUGUCAAGCUGGGAAGUAGGAGGAGAAAAGGAGCAGAACAAAGAAUUCAAGACCUUGAGGAACUGCUGCAGUUGAAGAUUGAGGAGAAUGAAGAGCUGAGAAAGGCUCAUAAUAAACGCCGGGAACGCCUUUGUUUGAUUCAAACCAACUACAAGACAAUAAGGGAUCAGCUGAAAGACAUGGAGAAAUCGAAUGGCUUGCCAGGUGGAAGGGUGCACCGUGCCGAACCAUGGCAGCUACGGCAAGAGAACAGUGAUGCUGUGUGGAACGAGCUGGGCUACUUGAGAAACCUCAACAGAAAACUCUCCAUUGAAAAAGCUGGUUUGGAAGAGGAGCUGGAUAUGCUGCGAGUCCAGGCUUCUAUGGAUCGGGCCACAGUAAAGGAGCUCCACAUGUGUCUCAGUAAUGAACACCAAGAAUUGCUUCACAGAAUGGCAGAGGAGCACCAGGUCAAAAGCAGCACUCUGAAAAAACCUCUUUCUUCAGGCCAAAUGGAACAGUCAUUUAAAAAGAUUGAACAUCUGGAGUGGAGGAUGAUGUCCCUGGAGGAGCAGAAAGAGAGGCUUAGAGAAGAGAAAGAACAGUUACUUGGGGCCAACGAAGAAUUAGCCCACAAAUACCACAGACUCCAAGCCUCCAUGGAUCAUCUGAGAAUGCAGGAAUCUGUCCGAGAAGAGGCAGCCCGUGUCCAGGCCCUCACCCAGGAGGAACAACAUGGUGGUGUGAUCAUGGCUCUAGAAGCCCAGCUGGCCACUUCUCAAAAAGAGAUUACCAAGCUUCAUCAUCAGUUGCUGAAGCUUAGACAGGAACUGGGGAUUGUCAGAGCAGCCAGGGAUUUCUAUAGGAAUCGUGCAGCAGGACCAACGAGGCCAGCUGGGACUGCUAACAACAUUAGCAACAAGGUCAAAUUCAAGACGAGCAGGCACCAAAGUCUUCUACGUCAGGCCAGCCAACGAAUAGUCAGCCCCAAUCAAGCCAUCAGCUGGCAAGGCCGCAGCCCUAGUCCCACAAAGGACGAGUGGGAGGACAUGAGCCUAGAUGGUGACAGUGGUGAGGAGUACUCGGAUAGUCUUAACAGGGAGCCAUCUGGGACAGCAUCUUACAGACAACACACUAAUAAAAAGUCCUACAGGUGUUCAGUCAUCUCAAACACAGGAGCACUGUCAGUGGAAUCUAACAGAAAACAACCUGAUUCUCUGGCCCAUGAUGAUAAACAGCAUGAGCCCUGGGAGCGAGGGACAAGAGGAGUGAAAAGGAGGUGGAGGAGGAAGAGGAUGCUGGUGAAGACUCAGCGCUGCUCCUCCUCUUCUCUGCUACAGCGCAUCGAGUCUCUACAGUGUCACAUUGACAUCUUGAGAAGUGCUAGAAAAGAUGCUCUGCUCUCAGCCAGAGAGCUACAAAAGGCCAAUGAGAUGAUCAUGGCACAGCUCAACACUCUCACUGAGAAUCUCAGCAGCAGCAAGCAGCGUGAACAGAAGCUGACCUCUGACCUAGCUGGUGUGGAGCAGCAGAAAAAAGUUUUGGAGAUGGAGCUCGAGCAGUGGAAGCGGAUUACUUUCCCCCCACAAACUGCACCACCACCAGCUGCACCAGUAAUGACUCAAUGUUCCUGCCAGGGCAGUUCCAUGUCUGCUUCAGCUAACCCUGCCCGUCAGGCCCUGGAGGCUGAAGUCAAACAACUUCAAGCCAAACUUAAGAGUGCAAGUGCCGAGGUCACAAGGCAGAUGUCCGCUAACAAAGCCCUUCGGGGCCAGCUCAAAGAGAAGGAGGACAAGCAUUGCCAGCUGCAGGACAAAGUGGGACACAUGGAACGAGACAUUAACAUGAAAAGGCAGCUGGUGGAUGACUUGAGGAUAAGACUGAAGUUCCUGCAGGACAUGGAGAAAAGUUACCGGGAGCAAGUUGAGGAGCUAGAGAAGAAGGUGAAAACGUUAACGGAGGAAGCCACUAACAGGAAAGCCCUCAUUGAAUCUCUAAAGAGGAGGUUAAAUGUAGCGACAGCAGAGAAGAACCAAUAUGAGGCUACCUGUUCAAAACUAAAAGAGGACCUUGAGAAAAAGGAGCAGCGCAUGCAUGCUCUGCAAGCUCGUGUAGGAGCCAGUGAGCAGGCUUUGGCUGCCCUGGAACAGACUGCCACUGAGCAAAUGGAGGCGUUAACAGAUAAAAGCUCACAUGCCUUAGACAAGCUUCAGAGACAGCUUGGUCAGGCUUACUCACAGCUGGAGCAGCUUCAUUCUUUCAUCAAGACUCUGGCCAGUGAAAUACUUUUAGACGUUCAAGAGGUCAAACAGCAGUUGAUGAAGAGGAGGAGGUUGAGGCAGGCCAACACUGUGGCAGCAAAGAGCGGCCCUGCAGCCAAGUCUAUGAUCAAAGCCAAGUCCAUUGCUGCCUCCAUCCUCAAUAUGUCAGAGAAUGAUCUUGCUGAUAUAAUGGAAACAGAUCAGUUUCAGAUAACAGCAGCCUGCACAGAGAGUUCCAGAGACCAGGAGUGGAUGGACCACUUUAACCUCAUCCUCCAACAGAAGAUCCCCUCUGUCGGCCAGCUAAUGGAGGCUGUGCGCGUGAAGAUGAAGGAGAGGAAAGUGCUGACAGAAGAGCUGGCCACGCUUGCAACACCAGUCAGCGAAAAAACCUGACUCCCUGGGCUGAGGCUGGGAAAACUGUCAUCCUCUUCUUUUUCUCCCUCCCUUCUUCUUUCCCUGCCCAGUUCCUACUCAGUGGGAGCUGGGCUGAGCCAAGCUGAGCUGUGGCGGCAGAACCAAUAUUUGUGAGAAAAGCGCUGUCGACUCACUCUGGGCCACUGGCUCAACACAGCACCCUGGCUUUUGUAAAUGAGCCCUCGACAUCUGUGUUAGCACUCACUGCACUAUGUCUGUGAGAUGGGGGCCAUUCAGUGCCAAGCUAAUUUACAGUGCAGCCACUCUCCUCCAUUCAUAGUGCAGACCCGGGGUGAUAAGGUAAAUGCUUACGCCAUGUUUAACUUUUUUUUUUUUUAAUCUAAACUUUCCUUUACCUCUCCUACUAAAGUCAGUUGACACUUCACAGACUGCAUAUGAGUAAAAUGGAGCACAUUUACUUUGAGUUUUGCAAACCUUGGAGAUCUUGUUUAGCAGUUAUUUUGUGUCAUCUAUGAAAUGCAAGGAUGUAUUUUUGAAGGAUUUUAACUUUGUUCGUGGAUGCAUCUGCUCCACAUAGUUUCUGUUCACCAUUUAUUAGAUGAUUAUGUUUGAUGUCGGAAUGGUUAAAAACAUUCAUCUUUAUUUGUAAAUAAAAGAAAAAAUCAUUUCUGUCCAAUUUUUACCUCAAAAACAGGUAUUGAUAUCACUAGUCUAAAUGUCGUCUUGUAUUUUGUUCGCUCGAGCAGUUCAAAAGGCUGUCGGUCAGUGUGUGAUCGUGACUGAGGGCUCUCUGCUGGACAGUGGGGUUCUUACACGUCUCUCAUGAUUGACAGCUGCCUGUUGGCAUGGUUCCUGUCUGUAACAAGUAACCCCUGCUGUUGACAUCGUUAAUAAGUCUGGAUGCGCACACACAUACAGAGAAGUGGUGCAUUAGAGGAGGGCUACUUCCAAUCCCUUUUAUCUGUUUCCUUUUUCCUACCUCUCUUAUUAUUCAUUUUGAAUA